CCAACCCAAGGCCAUAAAUAAUUAAUCACCACCGAUCAUCACUAUAAUUACAACUUAUAAGCAUCAUUUCUGAGUUAGGAAGAACUAAAAAUGGCUAUUAAGAGUUAUGCACGGACUGCUCCUUGUGAAUCUUGUGAGGGAAAAAUGGACUUGACUUUGGAAGAGUUCAAGAAAUGGAUAUGGAAGUUCGACGAAGACGACGACGGGAGGAUCAACAGAAGUGAGCUCCGGGAAGCGAUCCGAGCCGCCGGCUUGAGGUUCUCGUGGCUCAAAGCUCGCCAGGGGAUGAAGGCCGCCGACGGCGACGGCGACGGCUUUAUCAUCGACGGUGAUGAAUUUGCCAAGCUCGUUGCUUUCGCCCAAGCCCACUUCAAUAUCCGCAUCGUCAGCUAUUAAUUAUAUUGCUUCCUAUAAAUAUUUGAUGAGCAUUUAAAUACGGAGUAUAAUUCAAUUGGUUGCAUUAUAUUCAUACAUGUAUUUACACUUACACUGUAGACACAUAAAUAAAUACGGCCAUCUAUUUGUAUAAUUUGAUGGCUUAAUUUCGAUAUACGUUCAUGUUUGUAUAUUCAAUUCGUAAAUAAUUACGCAGUAUAUUUAUG